UUGAUGUUUUGCUAACUUCAGAUUAUUGUUUGAGUGGUUUGAUCAUCGUUCAUCAAUCAAGCGGUUUUUAUUAAUUAGUUAUUUUUACAUUAUUCUCAAUGUUGUGCCAAUUCGUUUCGUAAAUAAGCUUUUCAGAACCGUUAAAAGUUCAUUCAAUGCGCUAAAUAACAUUAAUACUAUCGGUUAUGUUUGCAAACGUGCAUAUGCUUUGUUGUGAGGACCACCUUUAUCUACUGUCACUAAACUAGCAACUAAAUUUUUCUAUAAUGAAACAUAAGUUUCUCGCUGUUUAAUAUGCUAGUUGAUGCCAGGUAGUCUACAAUAAGAAUAUAAUUAAGGCGUUGAUGUGCCGUAAUGAGAGUGGCGUUCCCAUUCGGUGUACCUUUGAGGAGAAUGUACGGUUGCGUUUAGAAAACGAGAAAGAGUGAUCCAGGGUUUAGUAUGGAGACAGUGAAGGAUGAGGAGCGCUUGCGGCGCCUACGCGCGCUUGAGGAGAAGUUGUGCGAUCCUCGAUCCACCGGCAACGUGGAUUGUUUGCUCGACACCGUCACGGCACUCAUCUCCGACUGCGAUCACCAUGCCAUUCGACGAAUGAAAAACGUCGAGGCCUACAUCAGCAGAUAUGAAGUAUUUGCAUCUGAGGUUGUGGAUUUGCGUAUGAGAGCAGCAGAUUUUGACCUUAUUAAAGUAAUAGGUCGGGGGGCAUUUGGCGAGGUACAGUUAGUCAGGUAUAAAUCUACUCGUCAGGUAUUUGCUAUGAAAUUACUUAGCAAAGUUGAAAUGAUAAAAAGAUCUGACUCUACAUUUUUUUGGGAGGAGAGGCAUAUAAUGGCACAUGCUAAUUCUGAAUGGAUUCUCAAACUGCACUUUGCAUUUCAAGACCAAAAAUAUCUUUACAUGGUCAUGGAUUACAUGCCUGGUGGUGAUCUCGUUAAUCUCAUGUCUAAUUAUGAUAUACCUGAAAAAUGGGCCAAAUUUUACACUAUGGAAAUUGUUCUUGCAUUAGAUGUUAUCCAUGGAAUGGGUUUUGUUCACAGAGAUGUAAAACCUGACAAUAUGUUAAUUGACAAAUAUGGGCAUUUGAAGUUAGCAGAUUUUGGCACAUGUAUGAGAAUGGGCCCAGAUGGUCUUGUACGUGCUAGCAAUGCUGUAGGCACUCCUGAUUAUAUUUCUCCUGAGGUAUUACAGUCACAAAAUGGAGAAGGUGUAUAUGGUAGAGAAUGUGAUUGGUGGGCAGUAGGAAUAUUUUUAUAUGAAAUGUUAAUAGGUGAUCCACCAUUUUAUGCAGAUAGCUUAGUAGGAACUUAUGGAAAAAUUAUGGAUCAUAGAAAUUCAUUGCAAUUUCCUGAUGAUGUAGAAAUUUCUAAGGAAGCAAAAUCGCUAAUUAGAGGUUUGCUAACAGAUCGAAUAAAGCGACUUGGAAAAAAUAGUGUAAAUGAAAUUAAACAACAUCCUUUCUUUAUAAAUGAUCAAUGGAGUUUUGAUAAUUUAAGAGAUUCUGUGCCGCCAGUUGUACCUGAAUUAUCUAGUGAUGAUGACACCAGGAACUUUGAUGAUAAUAUUGAAAAAUCUGAUGCUUUAGAUGAAGCCUUUCCAGAUCCUAAAGCUUUUGUGGGUAACCAUUUACCAUUUGUAGGAUUUACAUAUAAUGGUGAUUAUCAACUUUGUGGGGGUAAAUCAAAACCGUCUGAUGUUGUUGAUACUAUAUCUAGCAACCAUAUUAAUAACGUGGGCUCUGAAGCUAUAUUGCAAUUAGAAAAAUUACUAGAAAGAGAAAGAGAUGCAAGACGUAAAUUUGAAGAUAGAGAAGUAUUUCUUUGUGCUCAAUUAGAUGAACUAUCUCAAAGGGAAAGUAGAAGUAAAAAAAUUAUUGCUGAUACAGAUAAAGAGUUGGCUCUACUAAAACAUGAUCUGAAAGAAAUACAACGUAAAGCUGAAAUAGAGGCAGAUGCCAGAAGAAAAGCAGAAUUUAACUAUAGUGAUGUCAAACGUCGCUUUGAUGAAGAACAGAGUAAAAGAGUUAAGGAAAUGAAUAAUUUACAUAUAUAUAAUGAAAAGGUAAAUGCCUUAGAAAAACAAUUGACAGAAAUGCGUGAGAAACUCAAACAGGAAUCUGAGGCAGCCGCCAAAUCUAGAAAACAAGCGGCUGAACUCAGUGCUGCUCAAGCGGCAGCUGCUGCAGUGAGCGACGGCACUGUGUCCAGCUUGCGUGCGCAGCGGGAUGUCCUUGAAAGAGAAUGUGGUAGUUUAUCUGAAGAAUUGGGAACAGUGAAAGCAGCUAAACAAAGAGCAGAAGCUUCAGUGGCUGAAGCAAACAGUCGUUUAAAUGCCGCCCAUACUGAGCUGGAGAGAUCAUCAACAAGACUCGGGCAAAUAAUGACAGAUAAUAGGCAGCUAUCAGAAAGAGUUUCGUCUUUGGAAAAGGAAUGUGCCUCAAUGGCUCAUGAUCUUAGAGCUUCUCAACAUUUAUACCAACAAGAAGUACGAGCGCAUCAGGAGACACAACGCUCACAGUUGCUCUCUAAGCAGGAAGCAAAUUUAGAAGUUGUUAAGGCAUUACAAGGCAAAUUAAAUGAGGAGAAGCAAGCUAGAUUGCGAGCAGACUCAGCAUCUCAGGAGAAAGACCGUCAAAUGUCGAUGCUAAGCGUUGACUACCGGCAGAUGCAGCAGCGUUUACAAAAACUGGAGGGUGAACAUAGACAAGAAAGUGAAAAGGUUGUUGGGCUGCAAGCCGCAUUAGAGCAGGAGCGUGCGGCGCGGCUCGCGGCUAGUGCGGAAACCGCAGCCGCAGAGGCGGCCAGCCGCGCGGCCCACUCAGAACGCGAGUCGCGUUCCCGGGAUCUCAUGUCUGUACGUGCGGCUCUGCACGACACUUCCGAGAAACUCGCCGCAGCCGCAGCGGAGCGCGAUAUGCAUUAUGCUCGGAGUGAGGAGCUUCGAUCUCAGUUGGAGAAUGAGCAGCACUAUUGCAUUGUGUACCGAACGCAAGCGAGCGAGGCUCGCGCGCAGCUGGAUGAGAGCACCCGAGCCACCCGCGACCUUGAGCAAGAGCGAGCCAGUCUCAUGCAUCAACUGCAACUUGCGAUCGCCCGAGCUGACUCCGAGGCUAUUGCAAGGUCGAUAGCGGAAGAGACAGUCGGAGAACUUGAAAAGGAGAAGACAAUGAAAGAGCUAGAGAUGCGCGAUGCGCUUGCGCAGCAUCGCAGCGAGCUAGCGUCUCGUGAUUCGCUAGUGCAAGGCCUGCGGGACCGAGAUCAUGAAAACCGCGCAACAAUCGAUCUGCAGCGGAAGGAGGUUGACGAGCUUCGUCGCAGCGGCACGGCGCUGGCGGAGCGUGUCGCAACACUGCAGCGCUUGCAGGAGGAGGUGGAUCGCCUCACCAAAAGACUCAACUCUGAGAUAAUGCUCAAACAACAGGCCGUCAAUAAGCUGGCUGAAAUUAUGAACAGGAAAGAUAUGAAUCCAGCGACGACAAAGAACAAGAGCAAGAUGUCGGUUCGUAAGGACAAGGACUACCGUAAACUACAGCAAGACCUGACGCGUGAGAAGGAAAAGUCUGACCAGCACAUCUCAAAGCUGCAGCGAGAUUUGCAGGAGUCGCAGCAACAAUUGUUGGAAGAGCAACAGACAAGGUUGCGCCUCGCUAUGGAGGUUGACAGCAAAGACGUCGAAAUCGAACAGCUAAAGGAGAAGUUAGCCGCGCUCACAAGUGAGACAGCGUCGCAGUCCUCCGCCGACGCUGAGGACGGUGAAACGGAGCAGACCCUCGAGGGCUGGCUCUCGGUGCCCUUCAAGCAGAACAUUCGGCGGCACGGCUGGAAGAAACAAUACGUCGUGGUGUCCUCCAAGAAGAUUAUCUUCUACAACUCUGAGAACGACAAGCAAAACACCACGGACCCGGUUAUGAUAUUGGAUCUGAGCAAAGUGUUUCACGUGAGGUCAGUGACGCAAGGCGACGUGAUCCGGGCCGACGCGAAAGACAUUCCGCGUAUCUUCCAGCUGUUAUACGCUGGCGAGGGGGAGGCGAGGAGGCCUGGGGAUUUGCAGGACCAGCCAACCGAUGGGACGGAUCAUGCCGGUAAUACGGUGCAACACAAGGGCCACGAUUUAGUCAGCAUCACAUACCACAUACCCACCGCCUGCGAGGUUUGCACGCGCCCGCUGUGGCACAUGUUCCGACCGCCCCAGGCCUACGAGUGUCGACGUUGCCGAAUGAAGAUCCACGCGGAGCACGUAUCCGAGGGCGACGGCGUGGCGGCGUGCAAGCUGCACGCGGAUCGCGCGCGCGAGCUGUUGCUACUGGCGCCCGCCGCGCCCGAGCAGCGCCGCUGGGUGGCGCGCCUGGCGCGGCGCGUGCAGCGCUACGGGUACCGCGCCGCGCACACCAACCACGACCACACCAAGCUGUCGCCCAGGGACUCGAUGCGGUCGAAUCUGAAAGCUGUGUAUAUGAACGCAUCGCAGCGGAGCUCAACGCUUCCCGCCAACGCCUCAAUCCCGCGACAGUGACACGCGCAAGUACGUUGUUACCUAUACAAGCACCACUCCAAUCUCGCCUUAAUAUAGCCACAUACAAAUCAAUUGCAAUGUAAACUACAAUUUUAUUCAUCCUGAAGUAUAACAUUGUAGUUUUGUAGCCAUUUUACGCGUGUGUAGACGGAUAACUACUUUGAAAACCAUACAUUCUUCGAUAUUUACUCUGCGUUAAUUUAUACAUACCUAUCUAACGUCGCUUGGACAACGUCCUGUUUUAUUUAUCUUUUAGAAGUCAUCUUCAGUUUAGAUAAUAGGUAAAGGUAAACGUAUACGACCAAGUAAAUUGUGGUAGAGCUCACUAUAUCGGCUGAACUUAAUAAGUAAUCCUUUUCAUAGAUAAUUUUUGUAUUGCGAAAAUAAUUCUAAUUCGUUUAGUACUGCCAAUCAACCCCAAAACAAGUUAAGAGAUUAUUUUUUUUGCCAUUUAAAAAGGUUUACCUUGUAAAGUUUGUUAAGCUGAAAUCUGUCUUGUUGUUUAAUAAUAAAGUGGCAUUAGGUAAGCCAGUGCCAAUACAAAACAAAAUGACAUGGCAUUGUUAAGUUAUAAGAUCUGAAAAUUGGCCUGCAAUUUUUGAAAUUGGCUUUUGACAUAAAGUAGCCGAUUUUUGUUACUCAUUUUAUUUCUUGUUAUUGUCGGUACUCACCUUUGUAAACAUGAAUUGCGCGAGCGUUUAUCAAGCACGAAGAAAUUCACAAAAUUAACCGGUGGCUUACUGCCAUUAUUAAUAAGAACAAUUUUUCAGAAACAAAACGUCAACAAUAAAAAUAUAUACAUACUGUUGUAAUGGUUGGUAGCAAGUUUGUGAAGAUCACGUUAAAAAAUAAUUCCUAAAGUUGUACUCGGGAAAAUAAUGUUUGUUUGGCGAAAGAGUUCGCGAGCUUUUUGUUCGCAAAAAGUGUGAUCAAGUCCAAAGGCAUUCAAGUUGUGCUGGUGAAAGAAUUAUUCGUUGUUCUUGCGUAAUAAAAGCCUAGCGUAAACUUCGCAAAAGGUCUACCUGCGACACAAAGUUUGCGUAGCGAUUUCCGCCGGUGAGCACCGCCCGUUAUUAUAAAUAAGGAAAAAUAGUGAAUUUAGUUUUUAGUCUCGUUAUGAAUUGAAUUGUGAAAAUUUUAAAACAAAAAUAGGCAACAGCAAUAUGAUACACCUAGUUCUAUAUCAUUGUAAUGUCACUGACUAUGAGGUAUACAACUUUUAAAUAAGAAAUGUUACAUUGGCUAAGGUGAUCCGAUUUUAUUAGGUUGUUACUUAGGCACUGAGAACAGUACCUACAUAAAGAAAUAUCUAUACUAUACAUAAUCAAGACUUGUUCCAUAUUAUGGACUACUUUUAAGCAGUAACUCUGUGAUGCAGAUCCGAUAUUAUUUCGUGGAUUAAAAUCAAUGUUAUGAAACCUCAAUUAUAUUCAAUUGAGAAGAACUAAGCGAAAACAUCUACAGAAAAGUUGAAAAUUGAUAAUAGAACUUUUUUUUAUUUCUACAUUUGAUACAAAUUGUUAUACCGCCAAAAACAGUUGAAUUGCUAUACGACUCUAUACUCUCCAUUCUCCAAGAUUGAAGCCGGGACCGCAUAGACAUGUCUUCCCUACUCCACGUAAUAACACGUGUUGGGUCAACCAAAUAUUAGUGUUUAGGUAUGCCCAAAAAUAUAUUACCAAUGUUCAACGAUACGCUUUGUCAAUUAUAUGUGUCUGGGCAUACUCAUUAAUUAUGAUUUGAUUUGACUCAACACGUGUGACUUGGCGAGUUGAAUGUGUGCCCGUGAUAGGAUGUUUUCAAGUCAAGGUAUUUAUAUAAUCAUCGAUGUGUAAAUAUUAGUUACAUUGUGUUGAUAUUAUAUUAUUAUUCCUUAUAAUUUGCUUAUACAUAUUAUAAAUACGCAUGUGAUAGGCAAAAAUGGUUGCGGACAUUAUUUUGGUGCGAUAAACAUGCUUUUAGGUGUUGCAAAGGUUUAACGAAAGGUUUUAUGCUUUUAGUCUCGCGUAUUUUUAAGUGGCUUGACUAAUGAAAAUUGAAUGUUUGAAAGUCCAAAAUUAUGAUUACAUUUAGAAUAUAAGCAUGUUACAUUCAAUUGAUUGAAUGAGUUAAAGUUUUUUGAUAAUGUCUGGAAUUUGAGGUAUUUACCUGCUCACGUUUUUGUGGUCUACGAAAGCCAAUGAAAUAUUUUUAUACACACAUUUUAUUAUACGAAGUUUGCUAUUCAUUCCCGACUCGUAUGCAUUUAAAAAACGUUACUAUGCACAAUAUGCAUUGACAGAAAUUUUGCACCUUUUCAUACAAUAAUUAAUCAAUAGUGGCAUCGUAUAGUGGAAAAUUUCAUUUAUAAUGACUAAUUAAUGGCUUUGUACUGUAAAUUGAAUUACCUUGCUCAAGAAUAUUCUAAAUUGUUUCUACGAUAUAAUUGUUACUCACUCGCUCUUUUUACUGGCCUAUUUAAAAAUUAAUUAGAACCAGUAAAAUUGCAAGCAUUUUAUGUCUCAGCUUUGAAACAAAAGCAAUGUGACAGGAAUACAGUAUAUAGGAAUCACUUCCUAAAUUAAAUCAAUUUAAGAUUUUUGUUUUUACCUCAAUUUUUAAAUAUAUGCACAGUUUUUAAUGUAAGGUAUUAAUCACCUAGUUGCAUGAAACAAAAAAAAGGACAUCAACAGUAAAAAAAAGACGUGGAAACUUGGUUUGUUGAGAUCUCCAUAAUUACACAUUUUACUUAUGGUUUGCAUAAAAAGUUGCUUUUAUAAGGUAAACAAUAAAGUACAAUGUUAUUUUACCUUUUCCAUUUUCAUAAUUUGUAUUAUUCGUUGAUGUUAGAGCAACACCCGAAUGAAGUAUUCGUUAAUUUUUAUUUACUUCAAAAUAUAUAAACUAGCAGAAAGAAAACUAAAUUAACAGACAUACAUUUGCAUUUCGAUCUAUUAUGAAUGCAAUCAAUUAACAAUUUUCUUGUCUUUAGACAAUAAUGUAAAAACUUCGAAUUUAAAUAGGAUAAAAAAAAAACAUUAUCACGUACUUUAUUGCUCUUAAGAAUAACGAGUUGAGUAACGUACACUACUUCAUUAUCAAUUAUAGUAAUAGCUCGGUAACCCUUAGCGAGAAAAAGCAUUACUUUUAAUUCGAAAAAGUAAUUAUCAUAAUGGAAUUAAUAGUAACUGCCUAUUUGGUUAAAAAGUUGUACUUAAUAAGGGCUUCAUACAAGUAGGUAUGGCGGCAAAGAACCGUCUUGAACUACUUACUUCUUCGAAUUGGGGGUAUGACAUGAAGGAUUGUAUGAAAUACUUAGGAGGUAGCCGAAUAAUUCAUCAUUCAUUCAUUUAUACGUUAGCUUCUAAGUUACGGAUUCUACCAAUUCCGUUGCUUGUUCCGAACUCUCGUUUAGGUCACGUUUUGAAAGGUUAAUAAAGUACUUCGUGUCAAAAUUACUUGUUCUACAAAAUUUCCGAUGGCUUGUUGAUACUAGUCGAAACGGUGACUAUCUUUUUAUGUUCAUUCUCGAAAAUAGUUUUCGAGAAAUUGUAAUUAUCUAGCAAAGCAUAAAUUUCAAUGUCUAACUAAUGUUAAAACGUCGUUAAACGUGGUAUGUAUUUUUCCAGUGGCGUUUAUAGAGGGUAUGCAGAUGAUAUAAAAUGUCCAGAACGAGAAAUAAAUUCUUAAGUAAAUUUUUAUAACUCUUGAAAUGCCUAUCCUUAGGUUUUUUUAAAACUCGUACUGGAGAUUUUCGUCAUUUAAUUUCAUCUGCAUACCCUCUAUGCAGGCCACUGUAGUUUUCAAUACCUAUACGCACAGAAUAAAGAACAUACAGAAACCAUGUAUUACACUACAACAAGACCAAUAUUGAGGCAACAAAAACCACUCCGCUUUAGUAUAAAGUGACUAACUGUUUGUUUGAGAAACACUCAAACAAACAGUUAGUCACUUUAUACCAUUUAUCAAUUACAGUAAUUAUUUUUACCUUUAAUGUUCAUAACGAUUACCAUACAAUGGGAAAAUGUUUGUGAGCUAGCAACAAUCCGCGGUCGUAGAGUGAGACGUGUGCGGGCCGUUUUCACUGUUUUUGGACACAAUGCACUGAAUAAUGCAAUAAUGGCUGAAUAAGGAUUCUGUAUGUUCUUCAAUUGAAAAAUUCAAUGCCUAAAUGUCAAAAUUUUGGGCCUAUUUUAUAACAAUUAUUAAAUUAAAAAAAAUAAUUAACCUAUGCCUAUGGCCUUUAGCAUCCAGUAGUUCAUAUGCCUAUUUGCAGGGAAUUGAUAUUAAUUAUAUAGAAACUAGUAUUUACAAUUACACUGGUUUAUUAAACUUUACACAGCACACAUCUCUGUUGAACGAUGCCUAACUAUUUAUUGUAGAUUUAAUCACUCUUAGGGGCACAAUAUAUGAAGCAAAUGCCAUACUCUUACAUUUGCUGAUUAACGAGGAACAGUGCCAUAAAUGUUUAGUAGUUCUUGGUAAUUGCUCAACCGAAUAGUUGAAUAAUCAAUGUGCGAUUUAGAUAAGACUCGAAAGGGCUUCCUCCAAUCACUCCAAUUUACCGUAGAAAAUUAUAUAUGAUAAUGUAAAAGUUCAAAUCUUGAAAGGCGUGCUAUAUAUAUACACUUGCCAGUCGGUGUGAAUCGCCACAACGGCAAGUUUAUUAUUUGGACAGACAGUUGUUCUAAAAUCGCACAGGAUCACUAUUUUCUCGUUUCCUCGAGAUAAAUUACUCUCGGGUAUUUUAUGCCAGUCACCUUUCAGUGCUUUAACUUCUUUCGGCAGUUAUUUCAAAAUCGGUCUCAUAAAUUGACGUAUAAUGGAAGACAGACCAAUAUUUUAAACAUGCGCUUGGAUUAUGAUUCUAACUGUUCAAAUAAUUUAGCUAUGUUAUUAUGACUUAGCCUUAUGACUUCUUUGGUAGCCGUUCUAUUUCAGUUGUAUUAACAAUUUUUUUUAUCAAAUAAUGCUGAAUCGUAUAUGCCAAUUCGCUUGACAUGUGUAUAGCACGCCUAAUAAACGUAAAAUUAGAUUGAAAAGCAAUACUGUAUGUUUAGGUUUAAUGGCUUAAUUUGUGGGUGCCAAAUUUUUUUUAUGUAUUACCACUAAUUUUUGUUUUUAUUUUAAGUGUUUAACAUACACUGGAAGAAAAUAUUUUGUUAGAAUGAAAUACACACUAAAAAUGAAUCGAUAAAAAUUCAAUUUGUCAUGUCACCUUACACUGCACCAGUGAUAUAAUACCGUAUGUACAAAUGAUAGUUAAAAAUUCUUUUGUAAUUUUAAGUAUCAGCUUAUAUUGAA